AUGGCCGCCGCCGCCCGCAAGCUCAGACAUGCGCUGCCUGUGUCCCAGGGCCAGGCUUUGCCAGCCCCAGGGACAGAGGCACCCUACGCGGGCUCGCGCAGACUCGCGCAACGAUACGAGUACAAGGGCACUUCCUUUUCGGGCAUUGUGGAACUCCAUCCUCAGCGCCUGCUGACUCGGGAGGGGUUCAAGACGAACUUGCUGGCAGCACCAGGCGUGCUGAAGGUCGUGGACAAGAGCUCCAAGAGCUCGCAGGGCAACCGAGGCGACCACGUCUUCGAGCAGAACCUGGAAGUCCACCUGCACCGCGAGCCCCAUGUAGCUCUGGAGUUCGAGAUCACGCGGAACAGCCACAUGAAGCACAUGGAGGGGCGCCCUUACACUGAGACAGCGAUGUUCAAGGACCCCCCCAAACGGCAUCACGCGGCGGCGUGGCGCGUGCUCUUGCACGCCGUCAAGGGCCGGGAGCUCCUUCCACAGCAUGCCCGCGACUACUGCAAGAGCUGCCUGACGAGACACGGUACCUGGGAAGACGACGUGCUCCCAGAGGGCCUGGAGGGGAUCCCGCUUGAGCCAAGCUUUGCCAGUCCUGCGGGGUCUUCCAGCUCUCCGACGCAGGCACCAGGCCUUCCAACAGCGCCAGGCCUUGCCAGCUCUCCGACGCAGGCACCGAGUCGCAAGCCAACGUUCCCGUAUCCUUUCCAGAACGCUCCCGCGAUGCCCGGGGGCCAGGCGACCGCCUCUGCGGCGCGGGUGGAACCCUGCCCCACCGAGUCGGCCUCAAUGAGUCAGGGUGGCCGCGGGGUUCCGCUUGAGCCAGACUUUGCCAGUUCUGCGGGGGUGGAAGCUUCAAUAAAUCAGGGCGGCGCGACGGGGCCUCCUGCCAAGAAGAGUAAAGCGGCGCCCGGGGGUGCCGCGAUCGCCCCUGCGGCGCAGGACCUACUGCUCAAGGGGAUCGAGCGCAUCUCGGACGUCUUGCCUGAGGGGCGCGAUUUGGACGGCACCGAGUACGAGACGCUAUGUGCGGAGUUCAACCGCUUCGUGGAGAUCGCGGAGGAUGCGCGCGUGCGCAUGCGGACCGAGUUGGAGGCGUUAAGGAGGCCAGCGGGCGGGGAGCAAGCGUUGGCAGGCGAAGCCCAGGGGUCGGGUCCAGGCUUUGCCAGCCCGGCGACCCAGGGGCAGAAGAACGAGGACAAGGCGGAUGCGGAGAAGACGCCGCCAGGGUUCGACCCCGAAGCCGAUUGGACAGAGGAUGCGGCGGACGUGCACCAGUUCGACAUCACGGCUGACCUGCGCGAGGAGCUGGCCGAGAAGCCCGAUGGGGGCCCGGCCGCCGCCCGUGAGUCCAGGGAGGUCCGCGCUGCACUCGGCGCCGAAGUUCUUCCCAUCCCGGUUUUUCUGAGGCUUCUGCAGGGCCAGCCGAUGGCCAGCAACGCCGCCCUGGACGAUGUUCGUGCUAUGAAGAGUCGCGGUGUGAAGCACGUGCGGUGCCGAGUCAUCGAUGAGCCCGGCGAUCCCGAGGUGCAGGACAACAUCGACAGGACAUGUGCCCGUGGCCUGGACACGCGGGACAUGUUCUUGGGCCGCGAACUGGUGUACGUCAAGCUGGGCAGUGCCGGCGCGGUGCCCAUGACUCCGAACGAGUUUUUGAAUGCGGCGUCUAAGAGGUCUCUCUGCGUCAAGGAUCUGUCGCGGCCACCUCCAAACACGCAGGCACGGGAGGGCCGCUUGCGCAUGCUCGCGCUGCGGGAGCAUUACCAGACGUUGUUCAAGGAGCUCCCGGAUAAGGCAGCGCAGAAGUUUUCGCCGAACCAGCUGGGGGUCGCACCAGGCAUUGCCAGUGCCGCGCAAUUCGAGAAUCCAGAAUUCUGGUGCGUGCAAGGUGGUUACACCGUGGGACGACGCCCGGAGGGGCGGUGCGAGUACGGCCGGAGCGGGUCCAAGCUCUUCGCCAAAGCCGUCGACGCACAGGCCCAGCGCGAAGCCGCCGCCGUGAACGAGGGCGAGGACAUCAACCCACAGGCGGUCGAGACGCGCGAGUGGUGUCGGCAGAGCCCCGUCACGACGCUGGGGGAGCUCUUCUGGGACCUGGGCCGGACGCACACGGCCAAGGCCAUCUACGCCUUCUACAGGGCGCUCCGGCUGGUCGCGUUGAAGAGGGACAAGAACAGUUCCACCAUGGCGAGCAGUGCGCCAGGCUUCGCCAGCGCAUCUCGGCCAGCCGGGUCGGCAGCUGCUUUCGGCUUCACAGGGUCCGACCUCCAGGCGCCCCGCAUCCGCGCAGAUUACUCGUGCCCGGCGACCGACCGCGAGGUGCUCGUGGAGGACUACAUAGAGGCGGUGGGCUUGUCCACAGCGUACGUCAGCUCCAAGACCAAGCAAGAGUUGCUGGACGAGGCUGUGAAGUGCGUGACGUUGGUGUUGCUUCGGGACAUGCGCCCGCCGUGGCUGGAUCACGUGUUCCCCCAGGCCUUGCCAGGGGAUGGCUUGUUGUCCAAGUUCACCAGACCGUCUUUCCUCUACUGGGACGCCAGCUUCCUCGACAUGCUUUUCGGCACCGCUCUGGGAAGCGAUCUCAGCGACCAAGCGGUCAGCGUCGACUACCAGCUGGCGGGUGUCAUCGCGCGCCCCCUGUAUAAGUGCACGCAGAUCGUCGACGCCAGCGCCGGAGCAGCGUGCAUGAACGUCGCGUCGAUGUCAAGGCUUUUGCGGGACACCGCGGGUUGGGGCCACUACACGUGCAAGGAGUGUGCUGAUAGGAAACAGGGCGCCGAUGAGACGCCGGGCUUUCCCAGUGUUGCCCUUCGGGCCCUGUGCUUGUGCCCCGCGGUGUUCGGGCCGGAUGGCGAGCCCACGCCGCUUCGCGCGAUGACGCCCCAUCGCCUUUUCGCGCGCGCGCCUCCGGAGAAUUGGGGGUGGGGCGUCGAGCGAGUCCAGCGCCGCGUGGUGACCCAGGCGAACCCCGCGAUAUCCACGGCCACGCCGACAUGGUACACUUACAACGCGGAGGAGAGCCAGGCCAUUUGGAUCGCAUCCAGUGCGUACAAGGCCACGCCGCCGAGCAAGACGUGA